AUGGCCUCCUUCACCGCAUGGCUUUUCCGCAUGUUCGUCACGUACAUUCGUAGAAGCAGACUCGUCUUCGGCAGCGCUGAAAAUAUGCGCAACAAUAUGCGCGAGCUCUACCUCCGGCCAGGGAACUUCAAUCCACCCAAGAACCUCGAGCCUGGAAUCACCAUCGAUCGCAUUGACUACGGUGCCUGGCCUCUUUAUCGCGUGUCCUCAGCAGGCAACUCCGUCAAGAAGCGUCCCGCGAUGAUGUACAUCCACGGCGGCGCGUUUUAUCGGGAGAUCAACCCCCAGCACUGGAAGCUGGUCGCGCAGGCCGUGCGGGACACCGGACUGGAUGCCAUUGUCCCCAUCUACCCAUUACUUCCGCGACCUGGGACAACGGCGGCCGAGGUCAUCGAUGGGUUCAUGGAUAUCUGCAGUAGACUUGAACAGCCCAUUGUGUCCAUCGUCGGUGACUCGGCGGGCGGUAUGUACACUCUAGCUACCAUGCAGCAAUUGUUGAAGCAGCAUCCUGAGCUUGCGAGACGCGUGCUCUGCAUCGUGCUUAUCUCUCCCAUACUUGACCUGGGCUUGGACCACCCCGAGGUUGUGCGCCGGGCCAAGAAUGACCCGUGGCUGGGGCUGGAUGGCCUGCGUCAGCUCCUGCCGCUUCUUGGGCCAGGGUUACCAGCUCACGAUCCGAUAGUCAGCCCACUGUUUGGGGACAUCGAGACGUUGCCGCCCGUCAUGCUGCUAAGCGGCACAUAUGACAUGCUUGUAGCGGAUGCACAACGAUUAAGCGCGAAGUUCCAGGGCAAGGGCACUGAGAUUUGCAUGCCUGGGAGUUUCAAAAACGACAAAUUCACUUUCAUUGAGCAGCCGGAGAUGGUGCACGUGUAUCCGCUCCUGCCGCAUCCCGAGGGCGCGGAGGCUCGGAAAACGAUUAUUCAUUUCCUCAAGCAGCAUACUGGAUAG